AUGGCGCUGCAAGCUACCAUGGGCAGUACAAGGGUUUACAAAGUAGAAUUGCUGAUGUGGCAGGUCAACAUUAUAUGGUGCUAUGCCGAUGUUUUGAAUCUAGUGAUAACUGAGGCUACAAAAUCUUGUGUACUUGCAGUUUCCUUUUUCAAUUUGCUUCAGAGUUUAGCUACAUUUGUGAAAGCAUCAUGCAAGCGAAUGGCUGUAUGGAUAGAAGUGGUAAAAAAACAUCCGGGACAAGAAAAAAUGAAACGAUUAAAGCUAAUAGGUGAGACUAAAUGGUCAGGGAAAUCAAAUGCAGCAAAAACUAUAUUUGGAUGCUUUUUUUAUUCUUCUGUGAUUACUUGUGUGGAUUUAUUGGUAUGCCUAACAAUGAUUCAAGAAUCAGACAAGUUUGGUGCAAAAAUAAAGUAUGAAGCAAACGUUUUUCUUCAAAAGUUUGAAACUAUAUUGACUGCAUUUACUUAUUUGUAUAUAUUUGAAACUAUAGCACCUUUAUCAAAAUACCUGCAGACCAGUGGAUUAGAUAUGUUUAUUGCAUGGAAUUUGGUAGAUACAGCUACAACAAAGUUGAACGAACAGACAAGAACAUUUGAUGAUAUCCACAGCAAGGCUUUUGAAUUUGUAAUUAAAUGUAAUGAGAAACUUUCGCAGACGAAUUUGAAUGAACAUAUAACAUUUCAAAUUGAUGCUUUGGAAGAUGCAUUGCCAGUUAAAAGAAAUAAAAUAAAAAUGGUAGAUGAACUUGCUAGUGAUGAAGGAAGCUCCUCAGAUCCCCAAGUUGAUUUUAGAGUAAGUGUGUUUAAUUUAAUAAUGGAUCGUAUUGUUCAGUCAUUGGAAUCACGCUUUAUACAACACAAACAGUUGUAUAAAGAUUUAUCUUGCUUGGACUCGACAAAUUUCAAAACAAUUGCUGAGAAAGAUCUUGAAGAUGAAGCAUUGAGAGGAAUUAUCAAGUUGUUCCCACAAAUCAUCAAAGAUCAAGUGAAAUUGGAACUGUUUUCUUUUGCUUCAAACUUUGAUGUUUUAAAGUUAUUACUUAAUGAUGGUGAAAUGUGGGCAGCAGUUGCACCAACUUGCGAGAGGGCAUUUUCAAAACUGAAGAAUAUAAAGACAAGGAUAAGAAAUUCAAUGUCUGAGGAAAACUUGGAAUCUUACAGGUUACUAUCCAUUGAAAAGGAAAUGUUAGAUGAGCUGGACAAUGAAUACAAAGGACCUCAUCGAGGUACAAAGAUCUUCCUGUUGGAUGCUAAUGAGGCAAGGGGUCCAAUGUUCUGGCAAACUAGAAAGAUCAGGCAGGUUGUCAAACCUGCACUGUCUGCUGAGGUGUUGGCAUUACUUCAGUGUCCUGAAGCUGCUGUAUAUCUCUUCAACAUAUUACACGAGGUCUCAAGAUGUGGAAAACUCAAAAUAUAG